AUGGAAAUUUCCAGGAGAAGGCCCAAUGGACCUAUAGAUGCAUCCAAGGAUGGAGAAGGCAAAGGAGCCCCCGGAUUGCAGGAGCAGGACAGGGCUUUAAAUCAAGCAGAGAAGAGUUAUUCAACCCGGAAAGGGCUCGGCCCAGAGGCAGGGGACCGUCUUCCCAUCUGUAUAUGGUGCUUUUAUACAAAUCGAAGAUUGGCAACCCUGCGUCCAGCAACCCUGCUGGUGACAUUCUUCCAACAGCUUUUGCUCACUCUGUGUCCCUCUGUCACAUUUUGGCAUUUAUGGCCAUACUUCAAAACCUUGGGUACGUUUGUUAAUGGUAAUCUGUGA